CCCCACGCACUCUCUUUCCCCGGCCACAAAACAAACCGUGAGUGUCUAACUCACUGUUGUUGAAAAAAAAAAAACCUAAAAUAAAAAUCAUAUAAAAAAUACAAAACACAAAAUCUUUAUAAAAAACAACCAAUACGCUUAAAAUAAAUACAAACGUUAAAAAAAUAGCAAAAUUAAUAUUAAAAAAAAACACCAGGAGGCCGCGGAGUCUGAACGGAUCUUCAGGAGACAUCGAUUUGUACCGUGACUUGUUUCCUUUUUUGCCCAAGUUUGACAUUUCGUCCGCACGCUUCGCUGCGGAGCCCGAAGCCCGAGGCGCAGUUCGGAGCCGGCUCUCACUCCCUGUCGGCAUUUUUUCCGGGGGGACGCAUCGCUCUCGCCUCUCUCCGCGUAACUGCGAGAUAUGAACGCAGCGACGGGGAGUUAUCCGAUGGCUUCUCUCUACGUUGGCGACCUGCACCCCGACAUCACGGAGGCGAUGCUCUACGAGAAAUUCAGCCCGGCCGGACCGGUCCUCUCCAUUCGGGUCUGCCGGGACAUGAUCACCCGGCGCUCCCUGGGCUACGCGUACGUCAACUUCUCCCAGCCCGCGGACGCCGAAAGAGCCCUGGACACCAUGAACUUUGACGUGGUGAAAGGGAAGCCGAUCAGAAUCAUGUGGUCCCAGAGAGACCCGUCCCUCAGGAAGUCCGGCGUGGGCAACGUGUUCAUCAAGAACCUGGACAAGUCCAUCGACAACAAGGCGCUGUACGACACCUUCUCUGCGUUCGGCAACAUCCUCUCCUGCAAGGUGGUUUGCGACGAAAACGGCUCCAAGGGCUACGCGUUCGUCCAUUUCGAGACCCAGGACGCCGCCGACCGCGCCAUCGAGAAGAUGAACGGCAUGCUGCUGAAUGACCGCAAGGUGUUCGUGGGUCGUUUCAAGUCUCGCAAGGAGCGUGAGGCUGAGCUGGGAGCGAAGGCCAAAGAGUUCACCAACGUCUACAUCAAGAACUUCGGGGACGAUAUGGACGAUGAUCGACUGAAGGAGAUUUUUGACAAAUACGGGAAAACACUCAGCGUGAAAGUGAUGACCGACCCCACCGGCAAAUCCAGAGGCUUCGGAUUUGUUAGUUAUGAGAAGCAUGAGGACGCUAACAAGGCCGUAGAAGACAUGAACGGCACCGAACUCAACGGCAAGACUGUGUUCGUGGGCCGAGCUCAGAAGAAGAUGGAGCGGCAGGCGGAGCUGAAGAGGAAGUUUGAGCUCCUGAAGCAAGAAAGGAUCAGUCGUUAUCAGGGUGUUAAUCUUUACAUUAAAAACCUGGAUGACACAAUCGACGACGAGAAACUGCGCAAGGAAUUCUCCCCGUUCGGAUCCAUUACAAGUGCCAAGGUGAUGCUGGAGGAGGGCCGCUCCAAAGGCUUCGGCUUCGUGUGCUUCUCGUCCCCCGAGGAGGCCACCAAGGCCGUGACCGAGAUGAACGGCCGCAUCGUGGGCUCCAAGCCCCUCUACGUGGCCCUCGCUCAGCGCAAAGAGGAGCGCAAGGCUCACCUCACCAACCAGUACAUGCAGCGCAUCGCCGGCAUGAGGGCCAUGCCCGCCAACGCCAUCAUUAACCAGUUCCAGCCCACCAGCGGCUACUUCAUGCCAGCAGUGCCACAGGCCCAGAACAGGACCACGUAUUAUGCACCCAAUCAGCUGGCCCAAAUGCGUCCCAACCCUCGAUGGCAACAACAAGGAGGAAGAGGUCAAGGUGGAUUCCAGGGAAUCCCCGGCUCCCUGCGUCAGCCUGGACCACGUGCCAACCUGAGACACAUGUCUCCCAGUAGCAGCUCCCAAGGCCCACGAGCUUCUGGACAGUCCAUGGCUCCUCGUCCCUCCAUGGGAGUCCCCGGCCCUCGGGCCAUGCCUCCUUACAAAUAUGCCACUAAUGUCCGUAACCCCAACCCCCCCGUGGUGCAGCCUAUUGCCUUGCAACAGGCUCAGCCAGCCGUUCAUGUUCAGGGGCAGGAGCCUCUCACAGCCUCGAUGCUAGCUGCUGCGCCCCCUCAGGAGCAGAAGCAGAUGCUGGGGGAGCGCCUGUUCCCACUGAUUCAGGCCAUGCAUGCCAACCUGGCAGGGAAGAUCACCGGCAUGUUGCUGGAGAUCGACAACUCUGAACUGCUUCACAUGCUGGAGUCUCACGAAUCUCUGCGUUCAAAGGUUGAAGAAGCUGUCGCCGUCUUACAGGCCCAUCAGGCCAAGAAAGACGCCACCCAGAAGGUGGGAAGCAUGGCACCUACUGCUACUGCUGCCACAUCCUGAAGACUAUGUAUAUGGACUUGGGGUGGAAGAAAAAUGUGGAGAGACGUUCGCCUACACCAAAGUCCUCCGGACAAUUAUGCAAAACCAGAAAAACUGAGGGUGUAAUUUGAAAACAUACUUGAACAUUUUGGAAAAUACAACAGUUCCUAAUUUUCUAGUUCUGUAAUACUUUUAAACUCCAAAGCAGAGGCAAUAAAGCAAACUGAUCUUGAAUGAAGGCCACUCAUUUUGUGGAGGAGAUAGAACUUUUUCUAAAAGGAAUACGGGCCUAGUUCAUUUUUUUUUGCUUGACAGUUUUACGCUUGAUUUGAAAUGACGAACUCUUCCAUCCUACCAUGUUAUCAUGGGUGUGUGGUGUUCUCAAUAAAGGGAUGACAUAUCAA